AUAUAAUUUAUUCAAAUAUUGCAUAUUAAAUUAUAGUAGUGAAUGUUUAGAUGUGAUUAUGAAUUCUUAACUUAGUAUUAAUUAUUAGAACUACCAUAAAACAACGAUAUUGUUACGCAAACUAUAAGUGAUAAGUUCUUUGAAAGUUUUAGUUCACUUAGUAGUUAAAUUCUAAAUCUUUUGAUAAUACGUCAUGAUUGGACCCAUGGGUGAGUUUAAAAUAACACAAUUUAUAAAUACCAAUUUUGUAGAUGAUUUCAUUAUUUUUUAAAUCUUUUAUAUUUAUAGAGUAAUUGAUCAUAUGUAUCAUUCAGAUUUAAUUAGUUUAAUAUGAAAUAAGCGCAGUACAAGACAAAUCAUGAAAGUCGGGCGAAGUUUUCAUGAACGCAUUGAUGUGGUCAUGUGCGUUAGCGAGGUAGGUACCAUAAGAUAGGUUUAAUUUUUUUUUUUAGUGAAUAAGAUUUUUCCUUCAACUAAAAUUGAGUAUGUUGACUGAUAAUCGUUUUCUUCAUUGCAUAGAGUAUGAAUAGAUAAUGUUAUUUUCUUACUAAUUUUUUUUAUUGUAUUGUGUAUAAUACUUAAAGUUGUAGAUAUUGAUAUAUUGAAAAAAGUUAUUUGCAAAGACACAAUCUACUGUACGCCUAGACACGAAAUUACUAUUCAUUGAAAAAAGUUAUUUGCAAAGACACAAUCUACUGUACGCCUAGACACGAAAUUACUAUUCAUUUAGACUCAAUUUUACUGUUCACCCUUCCCCCAUUGGUCCAAGCUCUGCGAUUGGGCCCGCCUGCGUUUUCUGAUUGGUUGGCUGCCUGCGUCUGGGUCCCGCCGUUGUUGCUGUGUGUGCCGCGUUGCCCUCAGCUGCACACUCAUUUUCCCUUGCCCUUUUGUUUUAUUGUUUUUCUUUCUCUUCUUCUCUCAGCCAUUCCCUCUGAAGCCUUCUUUAUUACACCGACCUUAUCUCUUUGUGAAAGUAUCAUUCCCCUUCCUUACGUUUCUCUCCGCGAGUGGACCGCCAACUGACGCACGUUACUGUUGGGCCUGCUUAUUCUUGGGAGAAAGCAACGCAUUGGUUAGAGGAAAGAUAGAAUAUAACCCAUCAGUGCAUUUAGUUUCACAGUAUUUUCCUCUCUCCACUCUCAUCUCUCUGCUUUUUUUCUCACAGCACCUCAGAAGCUUGGAGCGAUCGACUGGAGAAGGAGAAGCCGAGAGAGGAAUCGGAGGAGGCACAAAUCCGGUGAGCUUUCAGAUUGUGGUUGCGAGCGACUGGGAAAUCUCCCAGAACCCGCCACCGUAUCAACGCCCAACUCUCCACCCUUCGCUCUCUCCUCCCCGAGCGCCUCAAGGUUAAUCAAUUAAUCAGUUGCACUUCUUCUUCUUCUUCUUUGACGAAACUUUUUGCACUCUAAACCAGCUAAUUCCAAUUGAUUGACGCGAUGGCGGAGGCGGUGGACCGCUUGAGGCAGCUGAGGAAGCAAGCAGGGAUGAACGGAGCUGAACCGUGGUGUUUGAUCCCGGGGGAAUCGGACGGGGCGACGGUGAGCUAUUGCGGCAGCGGAGAUGGGAAGAAGAAGAUGAUGAGAUUGAGCGUGUGCUGCGACGAUCGGCCGGGGCUGAACGGAGAUUUGAGGCAGGCGAUUCGGUCUGUUCGGGCGAGGGCGGUUCGGGCGGAGAUCAGUUGAAGUCGAGGAAAUCAUGGGAUCUUUUGGUGAGCUCUUGAUCUCUAGAAUUUUGUUUCGUUUUUUUCCUCAUCAGUGGCCUUAAUCGUUUUGUUCCCUGUUGUUUUUUCCUUUUAUGAUGAUUUUGUUUUCACCCUGUUUUUAAAUGGGUUCUUUCUCUCUCAAAGGGUUCAUUUGAUUUCUUUCCCAGAUCUGACAGUUUUUGUUUGUUUUGAAUAAUCAGAUCUGGCAGUUGAUGGCGAGAGAAUCGGGUUUAAGUUUUAAGCGAGGGGUUGGAUGUGAUCCAGAUUCUCAUGUGGAGUGGAAAAGAAGAAAUGGCUUAUGUUAGAGGUUUUCGGCACAUUCAUGGAUAUAUGUUAAUACCCUGGAACCAAACAAUAAACUCUUGGUCCUUCUUUUUUCUUUCUUUGGUUUUUCAGUUUUGAUUCAGUUAGAUGGGAGCUCUAACUGUGGUCUUGAGAAGAACCAGAUUUGUAGGUUCUGUUUUGGGUUCACAAAAUUUUUCACCUAUUCUCCGUUUGAUGAAUUGGUCUAUCUACUCUUCUUACUGUUUCUUCUUUCAAGCUCUCUUAUUUCGUAUCGAUCUUGAUUGGUAUGAAGUUUGCACACCUCGAUGGGUUUUGCUUGAUUGCGCUUAAAUGGGUUUCGUUGGUGAUGGUGUGGCUAACGGAAGUCCCAAGGUUACAAGGAGCCUAAUGAGUUCCAUUUCUUUCGUUUUGUUUCACUUUCUAUUAUCCCACUAUGCAGAGUUCUGGUUUGCUCCCAUUGAAAGGGAAGUGGGACUUCGCCAGUGGUCUUUGUAUUUGAGAAUCAAUGUAAGUGGUCUGCUCCUGAAAUUCUCUCAUCUUCCUUCUGAUAGUUAAUCUUUGCUUUUGUGGUGUUUUCAUGGAAUCUCUCUGCUCCUCUUCGUAUACCCAGGCCAUUAAAGAGAAUUAUUUCCAAAGACCGGCACCUACUGUACACAUAGACUGAAGAUACUAUUCAUUUAGACCUAAAUUUACUGUUUUGCCUCCUCUGAUUGGUUGCUUUCCUGUACGUGGCCCCGCUGGUUUUCUCGGUGUGUUGGGGUUGGGCCGGCGAUUUGUUCUCCGAUUUUUUUGAGUUUGGGCCGGAUUUUCUGCGUGGUGCUUUGCGAAGCCGAGCACGUUGCCCGCGGAGGGCCGAUGCUUUCCUCUUCUUUCUCUGGCUGUCUUUUCUCGCAUACCUUCUUCUCUCUCUGGGCUUCUGGUACGAGACAGGGAUUUGACUCGACCCUCCUUGAGAAAGAAAUGGAAGGUCAGUUCUUGGUGGUGGUCUCGAGACGAGAGAGGACUCAGAGGAGAUAGGGAUUUGACUCGACCCUCCUUGAGAAAGAAAUGGAAGGUCAGUUCUUGGUGGUGGUCUCGAGACGAGAGAGGACUCAGAGGAGAGAAGUGGCUCCAGUUCCUAUCGUGGUUUUCUCAGUUUGUUGGGGUUGGGCCGGCGAUUUUUUCUCCGACUUUUUUGAGUUUGGGCCGAAUUUUCUGCGUGGUGCUUUGCGAAGCUGAGCGCGUUGCCCACGGAGGGCCGAUGCUUUCCUCCUCUUUCUCUGCCUGUCUUUUCUCGCAUACCUUCUUCUGUCUCUGGGCUUCUGGUACGAGACAGGGAUUUGACUCGACCCUGCUUGAAAAAGAAAUGGAAGGUCAGUUC